AUGAUGAACCUGAGGAGGGAAACGAAUUUCAUUCUGAAGCUGAGGAGGAGCAUGGGGCACUGUACAUCCAUAAAAAAUGGGAGAGACAAGUGGACAGGCCGUUCAGGAAUGACCAACCACCACAUCUUGACAACUAAACGACAUUUAAGCAUUCACGAAUAUUUGUCAAUAGAUUUGUUACGCAAGAAUAUGAUUCCAUGUGCACAAGGAUACGCAGCGAAAACACCAGAAGAAGCGGAGGAGAAGGCAUUGGAGUUGCAAAGCCUCUGUGGAGACGUAGAUUUAGUGAUAAAAGCGCAGAUACUGAGUGGAGGAAGAGGAGUAGGGUACUUUAAAGAGAACAAUUUCGAAGGAGGAGUUCACAUUUGUCGCAACAGUACAGAAGUGAAAGAAAUAGCAUCGAAGAUGCUAAACAACACAUUGGUGACCAAGCAGACAGGGGAGGAGGGAAAAAAGUGCAACACAGUUUUUAUAUGCGAGCGUUUUUACAUAAGGAAGGAAAGGUAUGUUGCUUUUCUAUUGGACCGAAGUUCUGACGGGAUAGUUCUGCUUGGAUCAUCCAUGGGAGGUUCUUCUAUUGAGGAAAUUAGCAAAAAGAAUCCCGAGGCUAUACACAAAAUGAACAUAGAUGUACAAAACGGCUUCAGUACUGGUCAGGCACGCGAAUUUUGUGAAAAUAUUGGGUUCAAGAAUACCGAAUUAGAUAUCGCCACAGAUAUAAUAGCGAAUUUGUAUAAAAUUUUUAAGCGUUACGAUUGUACGUUGCUUGAAAUAAAUCCAUUUUCCGAGACGAACGAUGGUAGAGUUCUCUGUUGUGAUGCCAAACUCAAUUUUGAUGACAACGCGGAAUACCGACAGAAGGAGAUAUUUCUGCAGAGGGAUCUCUCACAAGAAAAUGCGGAAGAAAUACAAGCGAAGAAAUUUAAUUUAAAUUAUGUUUCUCUCGAUGGAAACAUUGCUUGUAUGGUGAAUGGAGCAGGGUUAGCCAUGGCUACUUUAGACCUCAUCGUACUUCAUAAGGGAUCCCCCUCUAAUUUUUUGGAUGUUGGUGGUGGGGCAACCGAGGAUGAAAUUACAGAGGCCUUAAGGAUUAUUAACAAUAACGCCAAGGCAAAGGUAUGCUUCAUUAAUAUUUUGGGGGGCAUUAUGAGGUGUGAUAUUAUUGCCAGAGGAAUUAUCAAGGCAUUUAAAGAUACUGCUUUUACGAAGCCUCUGAUUGUUAGGCUGGAGGGUACAAACCAGGACGAGGCGGAGGAGCUACUCCGUCAGUCGGGUAUCAAGUGCAUUUUUUGCCAGGACAUGAACCUCGCCGCGCAGAAGAGCGUGGCCAUGGCGAAUAUUAUUGAGGCCGCCGCGCGCGCUGACGUGCAGGUAGCCUUUACGUGA